AUGCGCCGCAGUAGAGGCGUCUCCCCUGAAAACAGUUGUCGCGGCGGGGCGGGGGGUGGAAGCGGACGCAGUGGUGGGCGUGCUCUUUACUCCCACUAUCGUCAGGGCCACGCGUCCCUAUCCUCACCACCGUCGCAGCUAGGCGCAGCGGAUGUUAAUGAAUACACCCAAGAAACGCUCUAUUCCACGCCAACGAUGCCACUGCAAGGGAGGGUUGAUAGUUACAGCUCCUUUUUUCGUCAGCAUUUUCCGCACCACCACCACCACCGCCAUCACCAACGGCGUCAGCAUCAUCAUCAUCAGCAACAACAACAACAACACUACCGAGAGCAAAUGAUGCCCAUGACUUUCAUGCACCAUAGCCGAACUGAAGCGACAUUGACGGAUUCCGGCGUGGUUGCUGAUAGUCUUCACUCGAAGCACUCAGAAGCUACGAGCACUGACUUGCCGUCAACAGUAGUGGGUGAGUGUUCUCAUGAUACUCCGAAGGAAAGGAAUGCGAUGACAUUACAUCGGUCGGGUGUUUCUGGCUCCGGCAGUAGUCCAAUUUGUUCAAUUGAUGUGAUGAGAAGUGGGGAAAGUUUUUUGCGACGAUCACUUCAGUCAUUGUCAGUGCAUAGUCCCUCCGGGAAACAAUGGGCCCGUGUUCUUUACAAUGACAGAUGGCCUGGCGAUAGUAGCAACUCCAAUAGUGGGAACUGUCAAGAAGCCUGUGCUGAACCCUGUGGCCUUUGGGAAGAAAGCGGCAAUGUCACAGUUGCAGCCUUGGCUCCUAGUGCUACUCCUCAGCGAAUACAACAGCAACCGAAACAAGAGGCACAUGCGUUUCUACCGAAGGAUGAAAGUUUUCUGACGAUCGAGUUGCAAUGUCAUCAACAGUCUCCUUAUGAACCAGGCGAAAAAUCUUUUUCGCCUCCGUUUUAUCCUAAAGCGGCGGGAGUGACAAACACAACGACCCCAUGGCGAUACAGCGUUGCCCGCAGGGAUCAAUAUAAUAAUAAUAAUAAUAAUAACAAUAAUAAUAAUAUAUUUUUUGAUUUUGGUGAAGCAAGUACUUCACUGAUUGAAGCAGCUGCGAUAACGGCAAUACCCACAACUCCUCUGGAAGAUAUCAGUGUACUACAGACAACCGACAACUGUGAAGAAGAAGAAGGGAAAGCUACUAAAGAAACGGCAUGUUGGAAACAGGAACGCCAAAAACCACAACACCAUGAACAAAGACACAGUGAAGGAGAUAGUUCCGAGGGUUUGUAUUAUAAUUCUUUAUCGUCUGCUCAGUUGGGUACGACACACUCUUCGGAUGGGGUGGUUGUAGCCCGCCCGGCACAAAAGCAGUCAUCAAAAGAAUCGCAAAGACUAGAGCAUGAGACGAAUAUGUAUCUUGAUGAGAUUGGUACAAAGUAUCUUCUUUCUCCUCAGCCUGAGUGUUAUGCUGGUCGUAUAACUUGUUGUGUAGACCUUGAUAACACGCUGGUGUAUACGUUUCCGCGGCCUCCAUCAUGGUGGGAUUCGGAGAACAAUCCACUGCACCUUGAGGUUGAGGUUGGAUCGUCUUUUGAAGAGAAAGAAUCUGGUAUCGAGAGGAAGAAUUGCGGCGAAGACAGCACCCCUAAUUCGCUUUCUGCUUCGUCUUCACAGUAUUUAGACUCUGAUAGUGGCAUUCAUGUGGUCAGUCCGCCACCACGAGAACGAAUGCGUCCACAUAGUCGUGAUCGGCAUUAUGUUUGCAUUCGACCAUACGCGUUGGAAUUUGUUCAAUUCUGUCUGGAUAAGUUUGAGCUGGUUUUUUUCACUAGUGGUACGGAAGAAUACGCGCGUCCCAUCUUUGACCGUUUAGAACCAAAGCGAGUCGCUCACCGCUUUUACCGUCAACACUGCACAGCGUGCGGGGAUGGAAUGUACAUGAAGGAUCUUUCCAUGCUAGGACGUCCGCUUGAUCGUGUUAUUCUUUUUGAUGACCGCGGACCGGAUGUAAGCUUUCAGCCCGACAACGUGCUCUUCUGUGAGCCGUUCAUUCUUGAGGGAGUGGAUGAUGCGUAUAGCCUUGCUACAAAAGAUAAUGAGCUGUGUGGAUACAUGGAGUUUCUUGAGAUGCUGACAAACCUAAAGAGGGACGUUGUGCUAAAGGCGGUGCAAGUGUAUCAGGAGGAGGUGGUGAAGGGGACGAUGAUGCUAUUAAACGACGAAAUGCGAGCAAUGGAGAGCGCAGCUGGCGCGGGCGUGGGUGUAAUGAUGGAGAGAGAAUCCGUAGCCGAGAAUGACGAGGUGAGUUGCAAGGAGGGGGAGGAGGUGCGUGAAUAA